AUGGCAGAGGAGCAGCAAAGAACUGAAAGGGUACGGGAACUGUGCUUAUUUGGAGUAUUUUUCCUUUGAAACAGUAUGCAAACUCUUGUCUUUUUCUGGCUCAUUUUGUAGGUGGAGAAAGUCGGGGACUUGACCGUCUAUGUUGUGGUAGGUUCUUAUUGUCUUACUUUAUUUAAUUGUCAGUUUUUAAUUUAGGCUAUUCAUGUGGCGAUUUUUUGCUUUUAACUGCAUCGUGUAGGAAAUCGAGGGUGUUUUGCACGCUGCAGAACGCUGAGCUUGUUAAGCUAAAAAACUUGGGUUAUUUCUGUUACGCUUGCUUACUCAUUGCGCCGUUGAUCGCUGACCUUCUUAGGGCGAAGAUUCGAGGGACAAACAGGACGAGAAGGAAAAUAUUAGGAAGAAGGAGGUCAUGAUAACCUUCCAUGAUGUAGGGAUGAAUCGUAAGUGAUGUUGGUGUGGGUAAAAUUCAUGUAAAUUUUUUCUGUUUAUUAUCGAUGCUGAUAUUAGAUUAGCCCCACUGCUAGAUUCUAUUGUUGUAUGAAUUUUCUGCAAAACAACGGCCAACGUGCGUCACUGUUAACCUUGUGAACUAGACAAAAACAAUGAUGCAUCUUCCUGUUGAUCAGUCACGUAGCAUCGCAUAUCUAAAACUAAUCAUGAGUGAAAAAUCAGCUGUGGGAAUAAUGCUUGGCCGAGCUCCUUAAUUGCGUUUGUGCGUUGGCUAGCACUGUAAUACAGUAUCAUUGUAUGGAACGGAUCCUGAGAAACACAUACUCACAUAAAUAACGUUUUGAUUCAAGUUAUCAUUUCAUCGAGCUUAUGAAAUCUGACUCAUCCGAUCCAUUCUUGCUCCAUCUUGCUAAUCAUUAUGCGUGACUUCUCACGGAUCGAAAUCGCAAACUUUGACUAAAGGUUUGGAUCAAUUUUCUGAGGGGAUAACUAAGGGAAAUUAAGAUUGCAUUGUGUAUACCUAAAUCACAAAAUGAAAGAAAUAUUGAACUGAGAUACUGUAUAUAUUUCUCAAAGCUUGCAAUACCUUCGCGCAUCAGUGAAUAAACUGGUGGGUCAUUUAGUAUAUUGCACCAUCGAUUGAGCGAUGCAUAGCCAGUGAUAAAUCAAAGCACGCCAUAUCAAUAAUAUGCAUGAUUAAUUUAAAUUAAAUAACUACCUUGUUUGUGAUUGCAUUAAUUUUGGUGAUAUAAAGACUGCACAUCAUCAAUGUUACAUCAAUGUUACAUCUACAAUGUUAGAAAAGCCCUGUUAAGUAAAGCUAUUGACGGGGGUUUAGUUUUGCUAAGAAUAUACUUGUGAUGCGGAAAGAACCAAGAAAACAAUCAGUAACAAGUUUCUAGACUGUCUUGUGGGUGUGUCCUUGCAGUUUCAUCUCAGCUUGUUUUCUGUCAUAGUAUUUCUAGCCAGUUGUCAAACUUAUUAGUCUCUUUUCAUUGUGUUUACUCCUUCCGUUUUUUGCUGCUUUCUCAUUUAACCAUUUGGCCAGUGAUGCUUUGAAAGCUUGUGCAUUUAUGAGCUAUUUUUGGAUACAUAAAAGAAACUUUUCAUUGAAUUACACAAGUUUAAGAGAGUCAAGAAAUUUUACUUCUUUUCCUGCAGAUAAGACUUGCUUUGAAAGAUUUUUCCAGCAUGAGGAUAUUGUAGGCCUUUUGGAUCGCUUUGUAAUCUACCACAUUGAUGCACCAGGACAGGUAAGGAAUCCCAAGGGAAAUCACUGUUAACCCUUUAAACCCUAAGAUCAAAAUUUGAAUUCUCAUUUGUUGCCGCUAUUCAUUUCCUACAGAAGUAGUGGGGAGAAGCUGAGAAAAUAUCAAGCAAAUUCAUCUUGUGUGAUCAUGUCCAUAAGUCUCAUGACCACUCUGUUUUACAAAGCAUUGAUAUUACAAGGAGAAAUUUGAUGCUGAUCACUCUUAGCGCUUAAGGGGUUAUUAAUUCACCCUAGUGUGCAUCACAGGUUUAAUCUAACCCUAGUUAGUAACGUCUGCAAAGCAACGUCUAUAUCCUUGCUAUGGGCUCUUAAAUGGAUGCAACAAAUUACUGGAAAUGUGUUUUGAAUUUCCCCUCAAUCUGAUUCACAAAUCGACAAUGCCAUUUUUAACAAGGAAAUCAUGGUGUGUACUCAAAUCCUGGUUCACAAGUGGGACAGGUAUAUCCGUUGUCUUUAGUUCCUUUCAAAGCUGUUGUCAUAACUUUAAGACUUUUGGGCUCAAAAUUAUCCCCUUGUUUGUUUUUAUUACUUGUGAUUCUACAGCUGUAAGCACAGAACACUCGGUCAAGCGGUUUGUUGAGGUCGGCGGACUCAUAACUCUCAAUUUGCUCGGAGAAUCUUUCCUCUUCUGUACAAUAAUUGUUUCAAACAUCAACUCAAUAUCCAGUCCUCUUUUCAUUGUUUUUGUUUGUGAAAGGUCUUUUUCAAUUCUUUAAUGGUAGUUUCUGUCGUGACCGAACUAAAAUCGGCUUUGUACAUUGGCAAUUUUUCCCCUCGCAAACUCCAAGGCACCGGCCAGCUUUCCAACAGCAAAUUGAGGCACCUGAUUGGUUCGUAUAUAUUUCUAUUGUUUAUUAACCGAUCACAGUUUUCCAAUCAUUUCCCCGAGAAAUUUGCAUUUUAUUUCGUUCUUUUUGCAUUUUGUUUUGUCAUUUUUGCACUAUGUCCACUAAAAAAAUGCAAUGCUCUCAGGAAAUCAGAUUCAAGAAAUUUUUUCAUGUACAUUAUUAAUUGUAAGAAAGUAUGCCAGCAUGCCACGGUCAUAUAGAAAGUAACUGCUUGCUUGAUUUGCCUUCAAAUGUUUAUUUGAGUUGAUGUUUUUUUAUGGUUUAUACAAUUUAUGAGCACACAUCAGAAAGAAUUAGGUCUAUAAUUCAAAAGCACAAGUUGGAAUUCUUCCUCCAGAAGACUUUAGAGAAGACAAUUAGGAAGUUGAUUACCCUUUCAAUGGUUUUGCUUUUUCUCACUGUGUCUUGGAUUCUACCUUACCUACAUACCUUUGUUCACCUAAGAUAGCUCAAGACCAGUUUCAUUGCUCUUGUAAGGAUCUGCAGAUGUUUUGAAGUUUUUGCAACGUGGCCUCCCUUUUUUAGGGAAGGAGGCAAUGCCAAUUUUGGAUAGUCACAACUGAAAUGUGUGUUGAAUGUGCCAGGUGUAGCUUAACAAUAGUGAAUGAAAUUUUUUUAAGAUUUUGCUCCAUAGUGAAGUCUGUUUACAUCUGUGUUUGGGUUUUCUGUGGUUUUCAAAGAAUGGUGUCUGCAUCCUUGGACAUAGAUAUCAGCUCAAAAAUAUUGCAAUACAUAUUUGAAAAUUCGUUGUUGUUUGCAGGAAAGCAAGGCAGAAAACCUGGCUUCUGAGUAAGUACAGUAUUAGUAAUGCUUAUAAAUAAGGAACUGAAAGAAACAAAUUGACGUUGUGGUUUACGAAAAUAAACUUUUGUACAUAAUUAAGUUUCUUGAAUAAACCACAACUUGUUUUCUUAAAUUACAAUGUUUUUACCACCAGUGUCCUGUCAACGGAAGUGAUGUCUGGGUCUAGUAAAUUUGAAAAAAAUAUUGUGACCAGGCUAUGGAAAAAAUUAAUCUUUAGAGUCUUACAGCUUUGUUUGUUUGUUUGUUUUUUUGGUCAUCAUAAAUACUGUGAAAUUGAGAAAACAUGCUCAUUUUGAGAAACUUACAUGUAGGAUGUGAUCUUACAGGGUGCAAAGAAAGUCAGUUUUACAGCUUGCCAUUCGGGCAAGCUGCAUUAGCCUAAGAAUCAUUAAUUUUUUAACUAGCCCCCCCAAAUUUUUGUCUUCUAAAUUCCCUGAAAAACUUCAUUUGCCGAUUAGGGAAGUUAAGAACUGAAUUCACUAGCCUCAGAAGCCUGAUAGCAAAACCCACUAGCCCUGGGCUAUCGGACAUACCUUUCUUUGCAUGCUGUCUUGUAAGGCACAAAGUGAAGAUGUCCUUUACAGUUGCUAUCAUUGCUAUAAGCCAGUCUUGGCUCAGUGUUAAUCUUAGCCUUCUGUCUAGUUCUGGAACCAGGCUGCUUAUAUGUGAUCCUUUCUGAAAAAAUGUCUGCAUGAUCUUCAUGUUAGCUGGUUUUGUUGUUGUUGUUCUUGAUUAAAAUAUUGGAGUGACUUUUUGGAGGGUAUAAUUUUGCAAAAAGGAUUUGCCUUUCCUUUUUUUCUCCAUGCACCUCAAGGAUGUGGCAAUAACAGCUUUAUUUGAUAUGUUUUUGUUAGUGACAUGCACUAAAAGAUGCAUUAUCAUGCAUUAAUAAUUAGUUACAAUAACAUGUGUGUGAUUUUUCAAUUGCUGUCUUUUAGUUAUCAAUACCCAAGCAUGGCCAGGCUAGGAGAGAUGGUCGGAAAUGUAAUUGACCAUUUCAAGUAAGUCUGUUACAGAAAAGUCAAUUCUGUUUGUGACUUCCACAUCACAUCCUUUUUAGAAGAGAAUAUUUGCUGUGGUCGCACUAGGGUUAAAAACCAUUGUUUGCAAUGGUGCUUUUCAGUGUUUUAGUGUUUUCAGUGCGACCGACUUGUUUUGCACUUCUGGUGUAAGUGUUAGUUGCUUGGGUAACGUGGCAUCUAGAAAGGAAAUUUACCACGCUGUAAACCACACUCAAAAGCAUGGUAGAGAAGUGUUUACGCCAAAGUUAAUUGCUCUUAAGCCAAUCAGAAAAAGGACCAGAAACCGCUGCGCUUACUACCCCGGAUUACAUUUCGGGUCAUUUCCCAACUCGUAGCCACGUAAAGGAAAACGCUAAAUCUGUAUUGCAAAAAUGAGAGUUUUGCACAAAAUUUUUAUUCGCCUGUAGGACCAACAGUUAAGGAAGAAGGCCCAUGGUUAUUUGACAUCUCCGUGAACGUGGAUAGGCCUAAAUUGGUCAUCUCCAGUGAGCCAUUCUUUGUGUUUCCCUAACCUUGAAGGCAAACAUAAGGAGCUGUCUUCUCCGAGUCAACAAUUGACAUAAUUGUAAGGCAAGCUUCAUGAUCAAGGCAUGGAGGGUUUUAAUAGCCUUCACUUUGUAAACAAGAAAUUAAAAUUAGAUUAAAAUCCCAACUAAACUUGCCACGAGAAUGCAUUGAUCCUGUAUUAUGUUUUCUUUUAAAUAAAACUUGAAAUCUCAUAUUCAUCACCCAUCUGUCAUCAAGUCAAAAAAAAUUAAUUCUUAUGCCAAGGAAAUGUGACCCUAAAACAGUAAAUUUAGUGUUUUUAGUGAAACGUAAACAGAUAUGUUUACACUGCUGUUACUCUAGAGGUAAACCUUAGUGCGACCGCAGCCAUUACUGCUAACUCUGAGUCUUCACCUUAAGUGAAAAAUGUACAGCUGUACAUGUCACAUACAUGUACACAUUCACCCUAAUAAGGCUGGAACUAAAGAGUUAAAUGUUAUGAAUUGAGGUUUCUUAUUUGUUUUUGUAACAGUUUAAGUGAUAUGGUUUGUUUUGGUGUUGGUGCAGGAGCAAAUGUUCUCACAGAACUGGCUGUAAGUAUUAAAACUUGUCGUUGAUUAAAAAUGAUUUUUCAUGUAUGGCCAAUUUUGGUGAAGCUACAUUUUCAUAUGUUAGGAAAAUCCUGGAUAAUUAUUGGGGAUUUCACUGUGUUCUGACUAUCCUAGAUUUUGCCCAAAAAUGAAAACUUAAAAUAGCAGAUAUCCUUGAUUGUGUGGGAUAGUGUUGGAUGAACAAGGAGGAUCUGAAACAUGGGGUGCUUUCCAUUCAACAAAAAUUCCGGUUUUAUAUUUGGGAAAUUCCACAUGCCCAAUGGAACGGUACAUUCCGGUUGCACAAACCUGACCCAAGCCACCAUUUCUCUAAUGGUUAUUGUACUUGUAAGCAGGAUUCAAAACAGUGGUACUGGGGGCAACAAUUUUGACAAAUUGAAAGGGAUAUUUCGGUCCGACUGACCGAAAUGACCAGACCAGUCAAAGAGGACGACCUUCAAAGCUGGUCCCGAAUAUUCCAGUCAGACCAAACCCAAAUGGUCCGUUCCAUUAUUUUGAUGUACUAACUGAAAUUUCCAGAAUUUUGGUUUGAAUGGAAAGCACUCAUGGCUUUACCCAUGCCCGAGUUUGUGAUAAGCAACAAUUUUAUCAUUCCCAUCAUAAUGAUAUUAUUGUCUUUUGUGCUGUUAGGGAUCCUGGGAGUUCAUGGGUGAUUGUUUUUGCCUCUAACUGGUUUCUCUACAUGUAGUCUUUCCCUUGCUUGCGUAAGCAGCGAGAUUCAUAAUCUGCUACGCAUUUUUCGUCGUAUUUAGGACACAAAAAGGGGAUCAUUGUGCCAGGUGUUCCUUGCGGAGACCAUGGAAACUGGGACUAAGAAUCGUUGCGUGAUCAAAGCCAUGCAUGUUUUGCAUAGAAAGCUUAGGAAACAUUAAAUUUGAACGAACGCUAAAUACAUAUUUUGCUUGGGUAAAAUGUGGUUCACCAAUUCAAUUUAGGUUAAGAACCUGUUUAACCUAGAACUAGAUGUGACCAAUAAUAUUCCCCCACUUUAAUUACCUUUAGGUGUACAAAAUUUGAAUUUUAACAAGUGGGAAUUUCUCUUUCAAAAGGUUUCAAAGUGGGGAAGUAAAAUAGCAGGACUUGUUGUGGUAGAACCAGGCAUUUCUUCUUCUUCUUUCAAAGAAUGGGGUGAAGGAAAGGUAAGAAUUCCUAUCACCAAUCAUCACCUUUGUUUAGUUGCCCUUUACUUACUUGUUUUCCUUUUUUUUUGAAAAAUUAAUGUUGUCUUGUUGGCACACCACAAUCUCAGCACCUCCCAUCAUACACUAAUAUAAAUUGCCUUCCAUGUAAAGACAUGGACAUUACAAACUGAUUGGAGCUCUAACAAGAGUCUUUUUUGUACUAAGUUUCCAACGUUUUUUUCCCCUACAGUGUACAUAACAAAUGAGUGUUUUAUUGCCUUCUAGAUUAAAACAAGGCAACUUGACAAGAAAGGAUUCACAGAAAGUACUGUUAACUAUCUCAUGUGGCAUCACUUUGAGAGGGUAAGAAAGAAGGCAUUCUCUAUUUUCCAAUUCCCCAUAAUACACUCUGUUUGCCCCCCAAAUUUUGCAUAACUUAUUGUCUUAAAAUGCUCUUGGGAAAAUGCAAUACUCCCAGGAGCAUUUAAAAACAAUGGUUUAUGCAAAAUUUGGGGGGCAAACAGAGUGUAUUAUGGGGAAUUGGAAAAUAGAGAAUUGAUGAUGUUAGGAAGAACUAGUUCAGCGUGGAGAUUGUUAGUAGGGGGCAGCUGGUUCAAAUAGUCAGCAAGUCAAACUUGCUGUACUUCCAGUGAAGAUAAGACUGUUGCAGUUGUAAUAGCAGUUUACAGCUGUAAGCAAUUACAAGUUAAGCACCCCCCCCCCCCCCCAAAAAAAAAAAUUGGGCCUUCAAAGAGAUUUGAACCCAUGGUCUCUGCGUAAGUGCUAUGUACAGCGCUCUACCAACUGAACUACAAACCCCCAUAUAUUGGGAAGAGGCCAAUUUGUUGAGUUCAUUUUAACCUGCGAAAGAUAUGAAAUAAAUUAUCAGGAUGUAUUGUAUUUCCACAGGUCACAACAUCUUCAUUCUUUGUACUUACACCUAAGCAAAUCAUUUACAUUUACAUUUUUUAUGAAACAAUUGACAGACCAUCUAGACUAGCAAGAAUAUGCCAAUGACAACUUUUGUUAACCACUGUUACUGAGGCUAGUGCUCAUGUUAAUUAGCUAUUUCUGUGGACAUCCCUUGAAGAUGUUUUCUUUUUGAUGGCAGGACACUGGAAAGCCAUCUGAGGAAUUGGUGGAUCGGUUUGUUGAAGAUGUGAAGGAGAACAUGAAUGCACACAAUGUUGCUGCAUUUGUAAACGCCUAUAACAGGUGAUUGCAUGUCUUUUAAAAAAGGAAAUGGAAAGGAACACUAAGCAUAAGAUGUUCUUGUAAGUAAUAGCAUCUCCAACUGUCAAAAAACCUGGAUUACUUCAAGUCCAGUGUUAAAGUUAUGUGUUUCAAAAUGCCUUUUCAAAAACAAAAUAAAUAAAUAAAGUGUGAGUUGCAGUACAUUGUCAUGAAAUAUGUACUGCUCCAGUGUCUUUUGUUCUCAGCCCAUACUACAUACUUUUCAUUAACUUCUCAAACAUUGCUAAAAUAAAUUGUAGUAUAGUUCUGUGUUCUUUGGGUUCAAAAGCAAACUUCCUGUUUGUCUAAAAGCUGAGCUUUAGGGAUUCCUUGUAAUAAUUCCGCUAUUCCUGGUUUGCUGUGUUUCAGCCGGAAUGAUCUGGUGAAGGACAUGAAAGGACACAAGCUCGAGUAAGUUUGUUCACUUUACUGUACUUGGAUGUUAAAGUUGUUGUGUUGUAUAAUUAUAUAAAUACUCAUAUUAUGACUCGCACUAAAUACAUUUUCAUUCUGAUAGUGUGUUAUUUUUUUUUAGGGGGGGGUGUAAUCUGCUACACAGCCGUUUUUAGUGUCGUCAUGCAACGCUCCUCCCCACUAACAGCUGCUGAAAAUCAAACCACAUUCCUUUCCCUUUGUGUUUGUGGUCUAACAAACAAACCAAUCAUGUAUAAGAAACUUGACAAUACGUGAGCCGCAAGGCACUAGGAGCGAACAUGCUUCUCAGUUUUCGACAGAUCAAUCAAUCGUCGCUGAAUUUUGAUGGGCUCUGUGUCUGCAAGCAGCGAAAAGGUUAUUUGCAGAAGAGUUUGUUUUAAGCAGUUAGCAAAAUUCCAAGUGAAAAAAAAAGGUUUGAUAGGCCUACAAGACUCUUACCAGGAUUGGUUGGUUCUUUUUAACGUGCAUAUGUAUGAUGAAUUUCAUGUGGCAGAUGUGCUCAUUGUGUUGUUGUACAUGUGAAGAUUAAAGUCUCAGGGGUACUGAUUAAAACAAAACCAAACUUAAAAAUUAUCGAUAAGCAAUUUCCCGAAACUAUACCGGGCAACUUUAUAAGCACAUCCAUUUUGUGCAUCAUAUUUGCUUGACUUGCUUACUGUUGCCGCUUAUCUCAAAAAUUUUGAAAGGACUCGACUACGACAACACUACUCUAGUUGAUUACUUGUUUUUACACGACGAUUUUGAUUGUUCUGUCAUUCACACAUGGGGCACCGAUAAAAGCAAAGCUGUGAUUGGAGGAGUCACCAUACCGCAAACGUGACAUGAACACCUUCCAGGAAAUGGGAGCUGAAUUCUAAUUGGUUAAUCGCCGGAAAGGUCAAUGUGGUUCGAUUUUCAGCAGCCGUUAGUAGGGAGAAGCGUUGCGCAACGACACUAAAAAUGGCUGUGUAGCAGACUAGGAGGGGGUGGGGGGGGGGUGCUGAUGUUUAAUUAGUAAUAUUUCGUAGUGGUCUGUAGCCAGUGUUUUUUGCUAUAUUUUAGUUUUAAGCAGUAACUAAAAAAUGUUUAACAGCUGCUUGCAUUUGUUGCAGUGAAAAGACAGGUGUCCUCGUGGUGACAGGAGAACAUUCUCCUCAUCGCAGGGAUACUGUGAGUGCAUAACUGUUGCCUUAUUAUCAUCUAGAUCUUAAUAUCAAUGUGCAUAUUGUCCUCACUAUUCUUUUGCACACCUCCAAUGGCAGUAGUGACAUUUUGUUCCAGUUCAGUUCUGAAAAUUAGACAUUCAAAUUUGCAUAAAUUCUAAAGAACUCACGGUAAUUCAGUUUGUGUGCUUAUCUUGGCAGCCUUGGCAAGAGGUUUCCUGCCUACUGCAAUAGUCCCUGGUGUGCUUCUGUACGCACGCUAGUUCUAGGCAGCACAACGUGACUAUUGUUUUGCAAGUAGACAAUGGUUUCGGUUCGUUGUCACUUGCUGCCCUGUGAUCUCAUUGGACGAGGUUGAGCAAAAUAUUGUGUUUUGUCAGUAGUGAGCAGAUCAAUAUUAUUUGCAGAAGCCAAAGACUGAGGCAAAUAAUCGAUUUGCGAUUGUUUUAUCAUUCAGUCAGCGAGUUUGUUUUUUGAUAAAUAUUUUCGGGAAGCUGCCAUUUUCACACAAGAGUGAUCACAAGAAGGAGAAAUGCAUGGUUUCAUUUAUGCAUGAGCAGAAUAUUAUUAGUAGCCGAACACAGCUGGACAACAUUGCACAUGAGCAGACUAUUAUUUGCGGGCAGUUAUUUACAGGUCAUGUGGUGGGCUUGCGGCCAAUGAAAAGGAAGAAAAAUUUGCAUCAAGUGAUAAUGAUUAUUAGGUCCGUGCUGUAUUCUUAUCCUACCUGGCAAGGAAUUUAUUCUGGUCUUAAGUUAUUUGGGUCUAAGGAAGGAGAAGCCUUAAAAUGGCAAAAACUACUUAAUUUAGAGGAUUUGGUCAUAUAGUCAACUCUCUCUAAGACGGACACCUUUGGAACCGGCACUAAGUUUCUGUCUUAGAGAGGUGUCUGUCUUAUAGAGAGUCAAAUAAAGGGAGUAAAGAAAGGCAGGGACCAACUCUAGGUGUCCGCUUUAUAGAGGUGUCCGUCUUACAGAGGUGUCCGUUAAGAGAGAGUCGACUGUACUUGUACUGAAAGUCGCUGGUUUGUCAUUUUAGGAAGAUAAAUUCUAUUAUGGUGAUGUAUUGAAACAAACUGAUGUUAAAAUCAAGAGUUUGCUAACACCUGAUUGUGGAGCUAGUGUUCUGGAAGAAAAGGUAGAUCAGCUUAUUGUGUCAUUUCCCCAUUCUCUUUAAAAUAUUUUGUUAAAAAGAAACAAGGACUUUGGUGCUUACCUUAAUACAGGAAAAUGCCUUAGUGCUAAAAAGCUGUUUUCAUAAAUAAAAGAGUUCAAGUUUUGGGACUAUUGUGCUUAAUAAAAAUAAUAGUAAUAAUGUGGCCAUAAUACAAUUCACUACUUUUACAUAGACCAUAAUGCUCUUUGUUUACCCCCCAGAAUUUUGCAUAACCAUUCUCCUGGGUAUAACAGUCCUCCCAAGAGAAAUCUAAGACAAUGGUUAUGCAAAGCUUUGGGGGGUAAACAGGACGCAUUGUGGUCCAUGAGAAAAUGGUGAAUAUCGUACACUUUAAAACCGUGCUUUAACCAAAAGUCACUAUUUUCACUUUUGCUGUUCAUUUUCUUGAUGUUCCCUUUCAUAAUCAUCAUUCCGUAACAGUCGUUUGCUAAGUAUCCCUCAUUACCACUAUUCAAAGUUACGAUGCUGCACACUAAAUGCACAUUUAACAUUAGUACAGAGGGGAAGGAGAACAUGGAGGGAAGAUCAGGAAUGGUGAAAUGUGUUGACCUUCUUGACAGUAACUUUUGAUCAUGGGAGAAGUUUCUUACCACAAUAUUAUUGACUCUGGGCUGAUAUCCUACUGUUAAUUUUUUUGCAUUGGAAAAGUUUCAGUAGAUAAUUUGCUGAAAAAAAAAUCAAUAAUCUAAUUCUUCUGCAUUUUUCACCUUUAGCCCGAGAAGAUGGCUGAAGGAUUGCUCCUUUUUAUUCAAGGACUUGGCCUGGGUAAGACGGAUCGAAACGCACCAAUUACUGAUUACGAGUCUUCAUAGCCAUUAAGAUCACGGCGUAACUGACAGACGACCAAUUACAUCGCGACGUAAUUGACCAAUCAGAUCAAUAACCAGAUUAUAAUACCAUCAACUGACGUGAUACAACUCCCUUUGACUCUGAAGAUGACUACCGCACAGGUUGUCGAAACGUCAGUCACUGUCAACAACAACAGUCCUAUUCAGGACUACGUUCACCCGGACGAUCAAACUCAACCUACUUUUGAAAUGACUCCUGGGUUCAAGCCUUUCACAGUUUCACACCAAUAAGAUUGUUAACAGGAAUAAGAUUGUGCUUGCUGAAUGAUAUCAGUGAAGUUAAUGAGCGCUGUAAAGUCGGAACAAAUAAGGAGUCUUUUCUUUUAUGGCUUACAUGAAGGUGCAAUGCUGCCAUUAACUCUGAAGUCAUAUGUACUUGACGUGGAUUGUUUCAUGUAUGUGAAUUAAGUGGUCAGUGAGACACUCGUUUACGUAUGCUGAUCAUGUACACCUGUUCUUUUGCACUCUGAAACCAAUUAUUCCACCAGGGAGGAAAGGUUUCGCCCUUUAUGCAUUUCUCUAGAUCAGACAUUCUUUUCUGGAGAUUUUUUUCUUUCACUUUGUGAGGUUAUACAUCUGUACUCUUGUGGAAAUUUUGGCAAACCAAAGCACAAGAAAUAAUCGUUUUGUUUGCCGUUUGCGCAUUUUUAGUGUAUUAUGGUUGAAUGGAAAGAGUGCAUGCAAGCAUUGAUAUAACCAGUUAUGAAAGAGAAUACACUUUGACUGGAGUGGUGUCAAAUGAUCUUCAAUUCAAAAACCAUAUUUAAGGAGUAAACUCCAUUACAACAUUCGUAUACUUCCUGUUUCUCAUUUGUUUUGUUUUGCAGUUCCCACACUGCGUACGCGCUCCAUGUCUGGUUCAUCAACUGGCUCUCGCAGCGGUUCCAUGAGUGAGGAUUAAGUACACUGAUUGGUACAUUUGCCAAUGUUUUGAUGACCUCACCCCAGCAUAUAAUUUUUGAGUGGAGUGUUAUGACUGUGAGGAAAUGUCAAGUCUUUCCUGACAGAUUUUUAGCCAAGGAUAUAGUAACAGGAUAUAAAAAGUAAUAGUUCAUGGAUUGGUAUAGGAUAAGGUGAUUUGGAAAAUACUGAAAUGAAAAUACUUGAUGCAGUGUCUCGGCACCACGCAAAAGAGUGAUGUAACGGUUUUACAGCUUUUGUAUUCUUUCCUCUCUUCCCUGGUCUUAUGGCAGAUGGAAUGAGCUCAUGGAAAACUUAAAACGUGAUACGCGGAAAACUCUUUUUUCAUUUAUGCCAUCGUUUUGCAUUCACUUUUGUCCCCUAAACAGAAUAAAAUUUGUCUUCAUUCCUUU